AUGAUCAAUGUGGAUUGGGCAGUCUUGCCUGCAUCUUUAUGCCGUCUGGAUCACAUGGCCCACAGUGUUGUCGAAUCUGGAAAAAGCAGACCGAAAAAGUUAUCAACCUUCCCUAGGAAGAGAGAGUUUCAAGGAAGUUCAGGUUUCUUGGAAGCAAUAGAAAGGUGUAGGCUCACUGCUGGCACGCGGGGUGCGUGUUCCGUACGUGGGUGCCCCAUUCCUGCUGGGCAGCAAAGACGGCUUCCAAGAGGAGACCUGCUGUGGUCAUCCAUCCAUGGGAGGCCAGAGUCUACCCUCGCAGAGGCUGUGGUGACGAGGAGACAAGAAACCCCGGCCCCCACAAAGCCCUGGAUCCCAUGCUGCCAAUGGGUUGCUGAUCUUGGUCAGGUUUCCUCCAGAACUCUCAACCAACCGGUUGAAGUUUACCCCUUCUGCCUCUGGGUUACAAAGUAUCCUUUUCACUGGGACUUGGAAGGUGUUGUCCAAAGCUCUUCUCCCGCCUCCUGGAGCUCCUCAGAAAAUGUUCUGCCUGAUCCAUUGCUGCCUGACCCUGGAAAGUGGUCAGGAAUGAGGAGGACCCUGGAGCCAGAAGAUUGGGAUUCACUUUCUGGAAGCUGCCUGUGGCUUGUCUUCUGCUGGGAGAACCUUCCUAGUGCACUGCAGUGGAGGAAAGUGACAGGAAUGGGGGCGACGGUACCAAUGGCAGGGGCAACAGAAACAGCCGGGCACCUCUGCCCUCAGUCCCUACCUUUUGCUCUGCCUACAUGCAGAGGCAGAGGGGAGAGGACAGCUGUCUCAUCAAACAAUCUCCUAUGCAAAAUCAUCCCUCCAGCUCCCCAAAGCUAAGUGAAUUUUCAGAAGACGAAUUAUUAUGUAAUUGGCUCCAUUUAGUACCUGGAAAAGAGAGGGAACUAUCAAUAUUAUUGGCGCAGUUUGGUAGGGCAGAUUCUGGAAACCUCAUUUUCUUGUUUCCCCAAGUGCGUGCGUGCUCAGUCAUGUCUGACUCUUUGUGACCUCAUGAAUUGUAGCCUGCCAGGCUC